UAUUUUGUCCCUUAUUAAUUGUUAAAAUGCAACCUUUGAUUUGACAUUUGGUAUUGUUUUUUUAGAUUCUGCAGUUUUAAGCAAGGGUUGUCAGUGUUUAAUAUCAACAAAGCAAGGCACCAUUGAGGAGGUUAGCGAUAGAAAUUGAAUCAUACAGCAGUUCGGUUUCAACGGCCACUGCAAGAUUCCACCAAGAUGGCUACUCCAGCAAAACUCCGGAUUAUUUUGGAAGAAAAUGAUAUCCGCAAAUUGAUUCUACCAUUGGGUAUACCUGAUACACUCCAGGAAUUGCUGGCUAUCAUUGGACAGACUUUUUGUAUUGGAGGGGAAUUUACAGUAAUGUACGAAGACACAGAUUUUGGAGGCCAGUUUUUUACUUUGAGCUCCAUUGAGGAAGUAGUAGACAAGGGAACACUGAAGAUUGUACAACCUCAGGCUCCAGUCAUACUAAAUCUCUCUACUGUGGAAGUAACAGAUGUUGGCCACUCCAUAACAGAACAAACUUAUGAAUGUUCCUCCAGCAUUUCAUCUGGAUCCCAUGACACCAUUAUCCUUUCUCCUUCUGAUGAAAGUGAAAGUUCUCAGCCAUGGCCAGCAAAAUUUCAAGUACCUGCUUUUUCUUACGAUGUGGACCUUAUGCUGGAGGCAGGAAAUCUGGCCUACAAAAAGGAUGGCACCUUGUUGAACAAUCCAAGACUGAUAAGUAAUGUACUUGAAAAACUAGCAGAAGAAAUAUUUCGGUACACUGCAUACCCCACAGGUAUCCAAGUUUUAGCUGUUGUUGAAGCACUGAUAGAAAAAUACCCAUGUCUUAAAGAACCUGGUUCUUUUGACGGAUUAUAUGGUUGGCAGCAAAGGAUUAAAUACAAAAUGGGAAAUUACCGGGCAAAACUUAGAUGCCGCCAACUUGCCUGUCCAGAGCUUGAGAUAAACGCAAGGAAAAGACUGAAUUCAAAUGAAAAGGGCUCAACCAAAGGAAUCAAACGUCCCAAGAAAGCCGAAGUGAACUACCUGCCACCAUUGCCAAUUGGAGAGACAGUGGACACCCUAGAACAGGAAAGGCAAGACUGUGCCAUCCGUUCAGGUGCAACGCAGGAAUGCCUCACACCAGCAGAUGUCUCAGUAAUCAUUGAGGGAACUGAGGUUCUGACUGAUUGCAAAUCUGUGGCAAAGGCUUGCCUUCUGCUCAUGGGCCUUAUCUAUGCAAUGAACUUAAGUUACCCAACAAAGUUAAGAUACACGUUUGAGGUGUUUCAGAAGCUACUUCUCAAGCUUGAUUGCUUGAAAAUGUCUCCCAAAGUCCAGGCUUUGCACAACAAACUUCUAGCGUGAGUUUGUACACAACAAUCUCUGAUCAUUUGUUGUUGUUCUGUAUCUUCUGUAUACAUUGAAGGUCAGAGAGGAUUCUGUGUUUUAUUGUGGCUAGCAAGGUAAAGUUGUUAAAGAUUUGUUUAACAGGGUCCGUGUUCUUUUUGCUAAGCACACUGCACAAUUGCAUUUUGUAUAUUGUUUUGUAUAUAGUUUUAAAUGUUUUGAUAAUGGUGCCUUAAGUCUGUUAACAGACAAAACAGAAAAAAACUUUUGUGCAUUUUUUUCUAAAGAUAACUGGUUGUUUUUUGAAGCCUUUGGAAGUGGUAAUAUUGGAGCUCACACACUAUGUUUUAUGUAACCAUCCUUUGAAACCUGUGAAAGGUUUUUUGAGGUUUAUUUUUUUUUUGAGGCACGUAAAUAUGGAAAAUAUCAUUUAAAUUAGAUAAUUUCACAGUUUUUCUGUCAUUUUAAAGGUUUUAUCUGUCAGGCACCAGAAAGAAUAAAGGUGGUGUUGUUUAAAGACUAUAUUUUUCAUAUUUUAUUUCACGUUAAAGGUAGAUAAAAUAUCAUGUAAAUCAAUUUUUUAAAAAGUAGAAUAGCAAGUUAAAAAUGCAUGAAAAUCUAUGAAUCUUGAGGAGAGAUUUGUAAUUAAGUGAACAUGUCUUCCAAGUAAUAUUUACUCUAAUGAUGCAAGUAAACUCCAGUGAUGGACAGAAAAACAAAAAUGAAGUUUACUUAAUAUUCUGAUAAGAGCAAUUCUUAACUGCUAGUAGAAGUUACUUGAAAAUAUCUUAAGUAAAUUUUACUAAGAGAUUCUGUGUGGAAAAUGUUACCGAACUUUUUCUAAGUAAAUACCACUCCAAAUUUCUUUCAGUGUGUGAGAGCUUCU